AUCGCAGUACCAGCCUGCUCCCCGCGACAUGAAGUCAGCUAGGGCCAAGACGCCGCGGAGGCCGGCGCUGAAAAAACCGUCCAACUCCAGCCUGAAGGAUCCCGUUGGGGUGUACUGCAGGGUGCGGCCCCUCAGCCGUCCGGACCAGGAAUGUUGCAUCGAGGUGAUCAACGAGACCACGGUGCAGAUCCACCCGCCCGAGGGCUAUCGGAUAUUCCGCAACGGGGAGUACCGGGAGACUCAGUAUUCAUUUAAAGAAGUCUUUGGCACCCUUGUUGUGCAAAAGGAGCUUUUUGAUGUUGUGGCUAAACCUCUGGUGGAAGAUCUCAUUCGAGGGAAAAAUGGUCUGCUUUUCACCUAUGGUGUGACAGGCAGUGGGAAAACCCACACCAUGACAGGAUCUCCUGGUGAUGGAGGACUUCUCCCUCGGUGCCUGGAUAUGAUCUUCAACAGCAUAGGACCCUUCCAGGCCAAGCGCUUUGUUUUUAAACUGGAUGACAAGAAUGGUGUGGAAGUUCAGUGUGAAGUAGAUGCUCUGUUAGAGCGCCAGAAAAGAGAUGCCAUGCCCGUGACAAAAACUCCCUCUGGCAAGAGACAAAUAGAUCCAGAAUUUGCUGACAUGAUCAACGUGCAAGAGCACUGCAAAGUGGAAGAGGUUGAUGAAGACAAUGUCUACAGUGUCUUUGUCUCCUACAUUGAGAUCUACAACAACUACAUCUAUGACCUCUUGGAAGAAGCUCCCUUUGAGCCUAUAAAACCCAAGUGGAACAGUUGCAACACUCCUGUGCGAAAUGGUGACUUGAUACCUCCCCAGUCCAAACUGCUUCGUGAGGACCAGAAUCACAACAUGUACGUCACGGGCUGCACCGAGGUCGAGGUGAAGUCGACAGAAGAAGCUUUUGAAGUGUUUUGGAGAGGUCAGAAGAAGAGGAGGAUUGCAAACACGCAGCUGAAUCGAGAAUCGAGUCGCUCUCACAGUGUCUUCAUAAUAAAGCUGGCUCAGGCACCCCUGGAUGCUGAUGGAGAUAAUGUGCUGCAGGAGAAAGAACAGAUCAUCCUGAGCCAGCUGUCUCUGGUGGAUCUGGCUGGAAGUGAAAGGACAAACAGAACCAAAGCUGAAGGCAGCAGGUUGCGAGAGGCAGGCAACAUUAAUCAGUCACUCAUGACACUGAGAACCUGCAUCGAAGUCCUAAGGGAAAACCAGAUGUAUGGAACAAAUAAGAUGGUGCCAUACAGAGACUCCAAACUGACUCACCUCUUCAAGAACUACUUUGAUGGGGAAGGCAAAGUCCGUAUGAUCGUGUGUGUCAACCCGAAAGCGGAGGACUACGAGGAGAGCUUGCAAGUCAUGCGCUUUGCAGAGAUGACCCAAGAGGUAGAAGUUGCCAGACCUGUGGACAGAGUCCUCUGUGGGCUAACCCCAGGCCGGCGCUACCGGAACCAGGCCUUCAAAGAGGAGCUGGCCCGCAAGCUGGAGCUGCGGGGCGGCCCCAUAGAUGGAGAACCAGAAGAGCAAUUUGGUUUAGAAAGCUCCUUGCAGAGCUUCCCUCCCCUGCCUCCCUGUGAGCUGCUGGACAUCGAGGACGAUCAGAUGCUGCCGAAGCUGAUGGAGGUCCUGGAGAAGCGCCGGCAGCUGAGGCAAGCCUUGUCAGAGGAGUUCUCCAAGAAUGCACUUACAUUAAAAAAAAUAUUGCAAGAUUUUGACUCCAAUGUUGCAUCCAAGGAGAAGUAUUUCCAAGGAAAGCUUUCUGAAAAAGAGAAGACAAUAACAGGGCAGAGAACAGAGCUGGAACGGCUGGAGAAGAAAAUUAAGACUCUGGAAUACAAGAUUGAGAUUCUGGAGAAGACCACCACCAUUUAUGAAGAAGACAAACGCAGCCUGCAGCAGGAGCUGGAGAGCAAGAACCAGAAGCUGCAGCGUCAGGCCUCCGACAAGCGGAGGCUGGAGGCACGCUUGCAGGGCAUGGUGACGGAGACGACCAUGAAAUGGGAGAGGGAGUGUGAGCGCCGUGUAGCAGCAAAGCAGCUGGAGAUGCAGAACAAGCUUUGGGUGAAAGAUGAGAAGCUGAAGCAGCUGAAAGCCAUUGUGACAGAGCCAAAGCCUGAUAAACCAGAGAGGCCUUCAAGGGAGAGGGACCGAGAGAAGCCUGCUCCCAGAUCCGUCUCUCCUUUGCCAGUGCCUCCUUCUGGUAACCUCCUUGCUCAGGUGCCUCAGAGCCAGCAGGUGGUGAGCAGCCCUCAGCUGCACAGACGUUCUAACUCUUGUAGCAGCAUUUCUGUGGCCUCCUGUGUUCUGGAAUGGGAGCAGAAAACCCCUUCGCACAAGCAGACCAGUGGCACACCCAGUGCAAGGAGUAGACAUCAAGAGCAAAAUAGAGACUUUAACACCUCAGACAGAAGGAGAGGGAAGUGCUGGACUGGAGUCCUUGAGGUUCCCAGGCGUAGAGAUGAGCUAGAGGUAGAAGAGGAUCAAUGCUGCAGGAGCGCCCCUCCGGUGCGCCUGCGGCACAGGCGCUCCCGCUCGGCCGGCGAGCGCUGGGUGGACCACAAGCCGGCCUCCAACCUGCCCACCGACACGGUGCUGCAGCCGCACGUGCCCCACGCCAUCACCGUGGCAGCUGCCAGCGAGAAGGCCCUGGCCAAGUGCGACAAGUACAUGCUGACGCACCAGGAGCUGGCCUCCGACGGGGAGAUCGAAACCAAGCUCAUCAAGGGCGAUGUAUUCAAAACCAGGGGCGGUGGACAGGCUGUGCAGUUCACAGAGAUCGAGACUCUGAAGCAGGAAUCUCCAACUGGGAGAAAGCGAAGAUCAUCCCCUUCCAAUCCUGACCCUCCUGAGGAUGCUGCAGACUCUGAGUGGACUGAUGUAGAAACCAGGUGUUCUGUGGCAGUGGAGAUGAGGGCAGGAUCAGUUCUUGGACCUGGCUAUCAGCAUCAUGCUCAGCCCAAGAGGAGAAAGCCCUGAAGUGAAGGUGCUGCUGUGCUGGGAUCCCCUGGCUCUGAUCAGACUGAUGGAACAAGCUGCUGCCAGGGAUCAGCUGGACACAAACUGCUUUCUUGUCACCACAGGCUGGGCUUUGACAGCAACCAGCCUGUGCUGGCUGAUGGCUAAAUGGGAGAGGUUUGCUUGCUGAUCCCUCUGUGGAUGCCUUGAGCAGGUGGCAGGAGGAAGCUUCUGCCACCCUGGCCUCUGGACUCCAGCUGAACACCUUCUGUCUCACACCUAUGAAACUCCUGUUGGGAAGCUGGAUCUUUCUAGGUUCAUGACUGAAGGCUUCUGCCUUGCCUGGUUUUCAGCUUUUAACAGUGCAAAACCCUUUCUGGUCACUCUCCAUCCC